AUAUAUUUUAAUUUGUUAAAAUAUGAUCUGAAAAUACUAAAACAUGGCAUCAGUUCGAUCUUCUUCAUCGCAUUAUGAUAGUAUUACUGCAGAAGAUUUGUUUGAUUCAUUUAUGAAUGUUGCAUUGAGUAACGAAAAAGAAAUCCAUCCUAAAAAUGACGUAGUUAGUGACAGUGGAUACUUUAUUCGUUCUGAUCAAAUGCAAUUAAGCAAUAAUUCAUAUCAAGAUAGCAUAUAUGCUAGUUGUGAUGAAAUUUUUCCAACUAAGACAUCUAAUAUUGAUAAUGAGAAAGAAAAGUCAUUUAAUAUUAAUUUUGAUUCUAAACCAACAGCUUCCUAUGUUGAUGAACUAAGUGGUAAUAAACAAACUCUUACUUAUGGUGUUAUUAACAAUCCAAAGAUAAUAGCUGAGGAAAGUUCGAUUGGUGAAUAUUCUGUUAGCCAAUCUACAAAAUCUUCAGAAAAUAGUUUCACUGAUAGUUCACCAAUAGAAUUAUAUGCAAAACCUAAUAAAGGUAUUCAUACUGCUUGUAGUCCGAAAUUAAAUAGAGAUUCUAAAGUUGAUAUUUCAUUUGAUAGCGAAGACAAAUAUGACACUGUAGGAAGUAUUUUGCAUUCAAAUGAAGUAAAUGGGUUUAACGUGCAGCAAAAGUCGAAUUUUUGUGAUGAUUAUAAAAUGAAAGUUGAAGAUGUUGCAUUUAAUAAGCGUUUGUUUACAGCUGAAUGCAAUGAUGUUUAUAAAAGUUGCCUUGAGACUAUUGAAAACAGAAAUAAGGCUUCCUUAAAUAAAGAAACUCCUAAAGCUAAAAAACCUUUUUUUAAAUUUCAGAAAGCUACCAGCAAAGAAAAGUUAUAUAAAGAUUUAAGCAAAUACAGCAGUCAUACUAUACCAAAGACAGAUAGUGAUGAUAUUCAAGUCCUCUGUGAUGGUUAUCUCUUUAAGCAAGGGGGGACAGGGAUGACUCCAAAAAAUUGGCGGCUAAGAUGGUUUGAGUUAAAGAAAAAUAAUUGUUUGUAUUAUUACAAGUCUCAGCAGGACCGCGUACCUAGUGGUGCUGUUAUUUUAUUUAACUAUGCCAUCACUCGUGCACCAGAAGUCACCAAGCGGUUUGCUUUUCAAGUAGCUAAAGGUGGAGCUCGUUCUUAUUUUUUGGCUGCUAACUCUGAAGAUGAAAUGAAAAAAUGGAUGAAGUUUAUAACAGAGUCUUCUCACCAGCCUCUAUCAGAAUUGAGCACAAUACCAGAAUGCAGUUUAAAAAAUGUAAGCAUUCCUGCUUUAUCUAUACAAGAGCCAGACUGUCAUGGUUUUCUAUGGAAGCGAGGCAAUUCUCACAAAUAUUGGCGAAAGCGCUAUUGUGUCAUGAAGUAUGGAUGUUUGUUUUAUUAUGAAGAUAUUGCUGAUCAAGUUGCCCUUGGUGUUUUUAAGUUGCAUAAUUAUGUCAUUGAUCAUAGUAACGAUACCAAAAAUGGUUUUCAAGCAAAUCCUCCUUAUCAGAAGUUAAGGACUUACUAUUUUUAUACCGAAAGUGAAAUUGAUUUAGAAAGGUGGAUUGGUGCAAUUAAACUUUCUAUUGCUACAGUAAAAUAAAAUAUUUUCAACUUUGGAUAUUUCAUUCCCUCGUCUCGCAUCUUUGGACGAAUUUAUUAGCGAGAAUAGAGAAUACUAUAACUUAAUAAACUAUAUAUAUAUAUAUAUAUAUUUUUAAUAAUUAAAAAACAUAUUUUAUCCAGUAAAUUGAUUAAUUUAUUUUUU